UGUGCGGCCACAGUGGAACAUAACAGCACAAUGUCAAGGAAGAAAACAACAUAACCUCUCCACGUCCAGUGACUGAUUAUGGCAAGUCGAUGGCGAGACGGUCCUCGCACCUACUCAGCAGAACACGCCUGUAGCCUCAAAACGGCGCCCCCCCAACAAGAACCCUCCGGUGAUACAGAGGAUGCGGCGGAGUCGCAGCGGGAGCUGCCGCGAUGGAUGCGGCUUUACUUAUACGGAAUGCACGGCGUGACUUUGGAUGUCUUGUUCUCAUCGUUGCAGGGGGCUUUUAAUUAUCGGGAACCUAAACUGGUGGGCUUUUCCUCUCCGUAUCUUUGCAUCAUGCACUCACUGACCCACUUUGUGCUGGAGAAGAUUUACUCUCAGAAGAGGUGUUUCCGAGGUCGGCCUGUGGUGUUUCAUUUCGUCUUCUACCCGUCCGUGUACAUCGGACUUCAGCUCCUGAUCGGGAACGUUAAUACUUUGACCGAGCAGGUGCGGGUUGUUUCUGGGACUCAGCUGGCAGUGCACUACCUUCUGGCUCUGUAUUUCUCCCAGGUGUUUCACAGAGGACUGUCACACCUGCAGUAUCACCCCUCCUGCCCCAGCGACCUCCUGAGGAAACUCUGCAACCAGAACAACGGUGGUGAUCGGAGACCUUCCAACGGUCUCCCCGGCUAUGCCCGUUUCCUAUUUUUUGGUAUGCACGGCUUUCUGGACGAGGUCCUUUUCACUUCUCUAUUCAACCUGGUGGAGAAGUCUGACAGGACCCUCAGCGGCCACACGUCCCUGUGGUCCUUCCUGAUGUACGGCAGCUGCAGCUUCAUGGUGGAGAAACUCUACCUUCAUCUGCACUUCAGCCGAGGCUGGGGGACGUGGCAACGGCUCCCCAUCUACAUCUGCCUUGUCUACACCUGGGAGCUCACCUGGGGCCUGGUCCUCAGGCAGUUUGAUGCCUGCUCUUGGGAUUACUCCCACUACCCCCACAACUUCAUGGGACUCAUCACGCUCCUCUACCUGCCCGGAUGGGUCUGCUUGAGUCUCUAUCAGGACGUGCUGUCUAACGUCCUGCUAAGAAUCACGUGCAUCAAAGACGAGAAGUGUAGCAGUGGGGUAAAUGGUGAGCUUAAUGGACAAUUGGAGUCAAAGAGCAAAGUACUUUAAUUUUAUUUUAUUUUUUUUUAUUUAUUUUUUUUAUGUUUUGAAUACUUCCUGGAUAAAAUCUGGUCAAUAUUUGAUUGAGAAAGAGACACAAAAAGGCAAAUUUUACUGUAGAAGAGAAAGUAAACAAAAUGCAUAAGCUAUUUUGUUUAUUACCAGACUAAUUAUUGGGAGUAAUGAGAUCUUUUAAAGUAGGUUUCGGCCUUUUAACCUGCCUCAGGUCAUGAUUAGCAUUUAUCACAUAUAAUAAUAUUUAAAAAAAAAAGAUUAAAAUGAGUUUGGAAAAGGGUAAAACAACAUUGUACUGACAUGUUAGUAAGAUGAGAG